AUGGGUACUUGUUCUUUUGAUCCCAAAGCAGAUGAGAACUAAGAAAUAUCUAGUCAAGAUAUCAAUUUACAAUUAUCAUCAAAUGGUAAGGUACAUCAAGCUCAAAAACAGAAAAUUUAGGAUGAACAUUAAGCUGCUCUUAAAAUUUAAAAUAGUUUUAGAGUUAAAUAAGCUAAACAAGAGGCUGAAGAGAGAAGAAAUGAAUUAUUAUCAGACUAACCAAAAGAUUGGGUUUAAUAUAUUGAAAAAUUUAUAAUUCCAGAAUUGCCCUAAUAAUUUAAGGAACAAGUCAAGAAAUCUAUAACAAAGCAAGAUAGACUACUGAAUCCAAUGGUAGGAUCGGAUGAUAGCAUUUAUUGGGGUUAAUGGAGUAAAGGACAAUAAAAUGGGUAUGGAUAAAUGAUAAAACCAGAUGGAACUUACCUUGAGGGCAUUUGGAAUUUUGGUUAAUUUUAAAAUGGGGGUAUUCUAUUUCCAAAUGGGGAUUAUUUUGUAUGUAAUUUUAACUUAAUUCUUAUUGGUACAAAAACUAAAGGAGAAAGAGUAUAUAAAAAUGGUAUUAUAUAUACAGGUGAAGUUUAAUUUGGAAUACCUCAUGGAAAAGGAAAGGAAAAACAAUCAGAUAAAAUUAUUUAUGAUGGCAAUUAUUUGAAUGGCGAAAGGCACGGAUAGGGAUUGUUACAUCAUCAAGAUGGAUCAACAUAUGAAGGAGAACAUUAGAAUGGAUUAAUGAAAGGAAAAGGUACAUUCAGAUAUUCAGAUGGUACUUAUUAUUCAGGAUAGUUGCUAAAUGGAGUAAUGCAUGGUAAAGGAAUUCUCAUUGACACUGAUGGAACUAUAUACGAGGGUGAAUUUGAAAAUGGCCAAAAAGAAGGAAAAGGUAUAAUGAAAUUCCAGGAUAAAUCUCAAUUUGAAGGAUAAUUCCAUUAGAACCUGAGACAUGGCAAAGGUAAAUUAAUAAAAAGAGAUGGGCAAGUGUAAGAUUGCGAAUUUAAAAAUGGAGUAUAAAUAGCCCCAUAAUGAUAAGAAUAUAACAGUUAAAAAGUAUCUCGUU